AUGAGUCUUCAAAUGUCGUUAGUGUUCUGCACGAUGAUCGCCCAGAUGAUCAUCUUGCUAGUGUUAGUUCUACCAUUACCUCAAGUUGUCCGUCAACAGAUUGUUAGUUUAGCCCAAGUUUGUCAAAAUUCCCAAAAUUUCAAAGUUGGUGUCAUAUUCUCGUUAAUGUUAAUGACUUUACAAUUCUUAGAUUGCUUGAAGAGAUUACAUAGAUAUUCUGGUGCUGUUGACAAUCCAUACUUUGACAGCUCUAACAACCAUCAUUAUGAGCAUCUGUUGAGCUAUGACCAAUUGGCAAGUAAGUUUUACGCUCAACGUAACCUUUACUUGAGUGGCGCCAUUUUAUACUUGAUGUUAGCCAUUGCAACUGUUUUAGCCAUUGUUAAGAAGAUGGUUUCUAAAGAAGCUGAAUAUAGGGAAUUGGCAGCAACUGCAAAUGACACUUCACUCAAGUCAAAGCAAGAACAAGAAGAAAUUGAAAAGUUACAACAAUUAAUUGACAAGAAGCAAUUGGAUAUUGACACUUUCAAGAAACAAAUAUCAGGCUUGCAAGCUGCAUACAAUGACUUGUCUCCCGAGGUUAAACCAGAUUUAAAGGAAAAGAAAUCUGAGUAG